AUGAUUAAAGUAUGCACAUCUGAAACAAAACUUGAUGCCAAAUUAGUUGGAGUGAUGCAACAAAGAGCAACUCAAGGAACUUCAAUGAAAUCAUUUGAUAGCAUAAUCUUAAAGUUCCCAAAGAUUGAUGAGAGCUUCAGAAAUUGCAAGACUACUUUUCAGCUCUUUGAUGAGGAUUCAAAUGGAGCAAUUGAUGAAGAAGAGAUGAAAAAAUGUUUCCAUAAGCUUGGAAUAUCAUUCACAGAAGAGGAUAUGGAUGAUUUUUUCAAAGCUUGUGAUUUCAAUGAAGAUAAGGGAAUAAAGUUCAAUGAGUUCAUUGUUCUUCUUUGCUUAGUUUAUUUACUCAAGGAAGAUCAAGCUACACUUCACAGUACUAAACUGAAAUCAGCAAUGCCGAAUUUAGAGGCGACAUUUGAAACAUUGGUGGAUGCAUUUGUGUUCUUGGAGAAGAACAAGGAUGGUUAUGUGAGUAGGAGUGAAAUGGUUGAGGCUAUUAAUGAAACUACAUCAGGCGAACGCUCCUCGGGUCGGAUUGCAAUGAGAAGAUUUGAGGAGAUGGAUUGGGAUAAGAAUGGAAUGGUGAACUUCAAAGAGUUUCUUUUUGCAUUUACUAGAUGGGUUGGAAUUGAUGAGAUGGAUGAAGAAGAAGAAGAAGAAGAAGAAGAAGAAGAAGGUGGUUGUGGUUCAUAAUUUCUAUAUGUAUCUAUCUAUGUAUUUGUGUAGUGUAUAUGUAUCUCCUCUUGGGAUGAUUUGAGAAGAGAAAAUACCUUUUUUAGAUUUUUAAGUAUAAGCAAAAUACUACCAUUUGUUUCUCAAUU